AUGCCACCACAUCGACAUCAUAAGAACCAGGGUAAACAUCCAUCUCCAUCUCCACCUCCACCUCCACCAUUCUACGAUGGGGUGCAUCCAGCCUUGAUCCAGUUCAUGGCUGACACCUCAAGGCAAUUCGCCGAGGCAAUAGCGCAAAUCUCACGACCCAAUGAGCAAGCUGAACCCUUAGGUUGCUCACUUCGUGACUUCGCUAGUCAUAAUUUUCGAUCAUUCGAAGGUAUUGAAGGGCCAAACGUAGCUGAGGCGUGGCUCACAGACAUCAAGGUACUAUACGAUACUCUUGGUUGUACUGAUGAACAAAAGGUUUGUUAUGUUGUAUUGAGGUUGACGGGCGAAGCUGGAAGAUGGUGGACCUCGAGGAAAGUAUUGCUGAAAGAACCCCCAAACGAGACAAUAAUCACAUGGGAACUCUUCAAAAUCAAAUACAUCAGAAGAUUUUUCCCUAGAGCUCAAAGACAACUGAGAGCCAUUGAAUUUCAGAAUCUAGUCCAAGGCGACAUGACAGUGGAACAAUACUCUGUCCGAUUCAUGGAACUCGCUAGGUUCGCUGUUAACCUAAUUCUAGACGAAGAAUCAAAGGCUGAGCGCUUCGAAGACGCUCUCAAUCCUCGAAUCAAGGAAAGGGUCAUAUGCCACGAAAUUAAGGACCUCGCCAGGUUAGUAGAAGUGGCAUCUCUUGCAGAGAGAGGAAUUCGCGAAUCAGCAGCAGCUUACAACCUAGAAAGACAAGAAGAACAGCAGAUGUCACCUCCGGCAAAACGGCCAACGAUAGGAAAAGAUUCCAAACCAACCAUUAACAGAAACUUUCUGCCUGCUUCCGCUAAUCAAAAACCUCACUGUAAUACGUGUGGUAAUUUACAUGCGAGAGAAUGUAGGAUGACUAGCUCAAUUUGUUUUAAGUGUGGUAAGUUUGGUCAUUAA